GGCAAUAUCAAAGCUUUUACUUUCAUAUUUUUGAACCCAAAAUGUCGAGUUCCCAAUCCGUCUAUCGCACGGCAUCUUCCUUGGCCACUGCAUCCUCGUUCCCUAGCCGAAGGAGCGUCGUCCACAGUCUUCAUGGUAUCGUCGCCUGCACACAGCCAUUAGCCGCGGCUGCAGGGCAACAAAUAUUGAGUAAGGGGGGAAAUGCUGCAGACGCAGCAGUUGCUGUUGCUGCGGCAUUGAAUGUUACCGAGCCAGGAUCAACCGGUAUUGGGGGUGACAUGUUCUGUCUCUACUACGAUUCAGCGACGCGUCAGGUCCACGCACUUAAUGGUUCGGGCCGAUCGCCUGCUAGUAUCACAUUGGAUGCCGUACGUCGCAAAUUGGGUGUGUCGCCGGAUGCAACAGACGGAGCAAUUCCAAUAACAAAUAUAUGCUCCGUCACUGUGCCCGGAGCAGCAGCAGGGUGGGUGGAUACAGUUGAAAAGUUCGGCAGUGGGAAGUUGUCCAUGAAUGAGAUCCUCCAACCGGCGAUUGAGCUGGCCGAAGGAGGGUUUCCUGUGUCUGAGAUUUCAUCGUGGAUGUGGCAAAACAGCGAGGAUAUCAUUCUCAAAGGAAGUAGUCUGGCCGCAGCUAAAGACUAUCUCAUAGCUGAUAGAGAUCAACUGCGCGCUCCACAGCCGGGCGAGAUCAUCAAAAACCCGCAUCUAGCAGAAACAUUCAAGCUUCUUGCUAAGCAUGGAAAGGAUGGUUUCUAUUCUGGACGUAUUGCCGACUCAAUUAUAAACACAGUUCAGUCCAGGGGUGGCUUCUUGAGGCACGAGGAUCUCCAACACCACUUGAAAACCGGAUCUCAUGACGUGGAAGCUCUUUCUAUGGAAGUGAACACUGGGAUCUUACAGAAUUCUAACUCUGGUAUGCCACCAGAGGCUGUACGCCUAUGGGAACACCCCCCAAAUGGCCAGGGUAUAGUCGCAUUGAUGGCCACGGGAAUCCUGCAGACCCUUGUGCGUAAUGGCCAGCUAAACCCCUUUUUGCCUUCAGAUCAUAACAGUAUUCGCUACCUUCAUGCACUAAUUGAAAGUUUGCGAAUCGCCUUUACUGACGCAAAAUGGUGGGUUACCGACCCGGAACACACAACGCCACCGGCAGAACUUUUAUCAGAUUCGUACCUUGCAUCAAAAGCGGAGCUAUUCUCAAAUGAUAGUCGAGUAUCUAAUUUAGAACCUCUGAGACAUAGCCCGGCGUAUAGGGCCUGUGAUACUGCCUACUUCGCGGUCACUGAUCGACAGGGCAAUGGCAUAUCAUUCAUCAACAGCUUGUACGGCAACUUUGGCAGCGGGAUUAUCCCAGAAGACACGGGAUUCAUUUUACAAGGCCGUGGAGCUAGUUUCUCACUCAACCCAAAUCAUCCAAACGUGGUUGCGCCGAGGAAACGGCCUUAUCACACCAUUAUCCCCGCAAUAACAACCGUCCUGGAUAAAGAUGGCAAGCAGCGAUUGCAUUCAGUGUAUGGGGUAAUGGGCGGAUUCAUGCAGCCGCAAGGUCACAUACAAGUUCUACUUAACCAAUUAUUGUUUCAAUUCACACCGCAGGUAGCCCUCGAUGCGCCGAGAAUCUGUGUGGGUGGUUCGUUGCCGCCGCAGCCGGGUGAGACACAACUAGAGGACUUUGACCCAUCGGAUACAGUGUUCUUGGAAGAAGGGAUUCCAGAGAACGUGGUGGAAGGCCUGCAGAAAUUGGGACAUAGAGUGCAUAUCAUAGAAGGUGAUUGGGGCAAACGAGAGGUUUUUGGCAGAGGCCAAGUGAUUCGCGCUCAUGUUGAUUAUCGUCAUGGAAAAACAGUAUUCAGUGCCGGAAGCGAUCCACGAGGGGAUGGAGGAGCAUUUCCGAUGUAAUUUUGCGUUAAUAUUAUGUUAUUCAUCCUGGAAAUAUUGAAUAUAGAUGGAUAGAGAUGUGGACUACACCAAAAGGGGUCUUUUGAAUGGUUGCG